CUCCCUCCCCGCUGGGGCCGGCGAGACCUUCUUCUCUGCGCUCUUCGCCACGGUCACUGUGGGCGCGAUGGCGGCACGACGCGAGGAUGACGGCGGCUGCGGGCGCGGCUUCACGGAGCUGCGAGGCUACAGCGUCACGCGCAACCCGCACCUCAACAAGGAAAUGGCCUUUGGGCUGGAAGAGCGGCAGCACCUGGGGAUUCACGGACUGCUGCCGCCCUGCUUCCUGUCGCAAGACGUGCAGGUGCUGCACGUCAUCAAGAACUUCGAGCGGCAAACCAACGACCUCGACCGGUAUAUCCUGCUGAUGGGGGUGCAGGACCGUAACGAACGCCUCUUCUACAAGGUGCUCAUGUCCAACGUGGAGCGCUUCAUGCCGAUCGUCUACACCCCGACCGUGGGCUUGGCCUGCCAGCAGUACGGCCUGGCAUUCCGCAGACCUCGGGGGCUGUUCAUCACCAUCCACGACAAGGGACACAUCGCAACGGUCCUCAAAUCAUGGCCGGAGAGUGACAUCAGGGCGGUGGUCAUGACGGACGGGGAACGAAUCCUGGGGCUGGGCGACCUCGGCAGUUACGGGAUGGGGAUCCCGGUGGGGAAGCUGGCAUUGUACACGGUGUGCGGAGGGGUGCAGCCGCAGCAGUGCCUACCCGUGAUGCUGGACGUGGGCACAGACAACCAGUCACUGCUAGAAGACCCGUUUUACAUCGGACUGAAGCAAAAGCGAGUACGCGGAGCGGCCUACGAUGAGUUCAUCGACGAGUUCAUGCAGGCCAUCGUGAACAAAUAUGGCAAGAACUGCCUGAUCCAGUUUGAGGACUUUGCCAACACCAACGCCUUCCGUCUUCUCAGAAAGUACCGUGACCAUUACUGCACCUUCAAUGAUGACAUUCAGGGCACGGCAGCGGUGGCGUUAGCGGGCAUUCUGGCGGCUUUGCGAAUCACAAAGAACCGUCUCUCGGACCACAAGUUCCUGUUCCAGGGAGCGGGCGAGGCGGCGAUGGGCAUUGCGGGGCUGCUGGUGAUGGGCAUGGAGGUGGAGGGGACACCGAGGCAGAAGGCACUUUCGCGCAUCUGGAUGCUUGAUUCCAAAGGACUUAUCAUUAAGAGCCGGGAUAAUCUGACCUCAGAGAAGAAAGAGUUUGCUCAAGACCACCCCGCAGUGACCACGCUCUCUGAGGCCGUGCACACGCUUCGACCAACCGCGCUCAUCGGUGUCGCAGCCAUCGCAGGAGUGUUCACGGAAGCCAUCUUGCGCGAUAUGGCCUCUUUCAAUGAGCGGCCGAUCGUGUACGCGCUCAGCAACCCGACCAGCAAGGCGGAGUGCACGGCUGAGCAGUGCUACAAAGCCACCCAGGGUCAAGCGAUUUUCGCAAGUGGAAGUCCAUUUGGCGAGGUGAAGCUGGCAGAUGGACGCGUGUUCCACCCUGGCCAGGGUAACAAUGCGUACAUCUUUCCCGGUGCCGCGCUGGGCACUAUUGCCUGCGGUCUGCGCCACAUCCCCGACCAGAUCUUUCUGUGCAGUGCACAGGCACUGGCAGGGCAGGUGACCGACAAACAUUUGGCUGAAGGGAGACUUUUCCCACCUCUUAACACUAUUCGCGAUGUCUCCUUCAACAUAGCUCUCAAGGUCGUGGAGGAGGCAUACCGCAUCGGCCUCGCCUCGGUACUUCCCGAGCCAGUGGAUAAGCGCGCCCUCAUUCAGUCGCAUUUCUUUAGCCCCGAGUACAUAUCUUUCUUGCCAGAUAUAUACACAUGGCCCACACACACUGCCAGCACACAAUGAGCGCGCCACCAGAACUUUAACUGCCCACGAAGCAUGUAAUGAUGCGUGGAUCCAUCAAUUAAAACGCAUUAUUUCUCUCGCAAUACAUACAGCACAUUCAAUUGUCAGAAUCUCCCCAAAAAUGUGAUUUGCAUAUAUGUUGCAUCAUGUGCAGCCAGGGGUUAUUCAAUUCAAUCUUAAAACAUGAAUGGAUUUUUCUAUUGAAUUGUGACCCUGAAAAUUUGACAAUUCAUUAAAUCAUAAAAGUGGGGGGAGGGGGGCAUCUUUAGAUGUCUCAUGCCCCCCCACUGCCACCCUGAGGCCCAGCCUUAUGCCUUGCUCGCUUAGCAGAGCUCUGAUUUUGGUUCUAAAACAUCAAUAGAACUUUCAAACACGAAAGUAAAGGAUGAUGGCGAUGCAAUGGUGGUGACGACAGCCACUGAUUAACAGACACCCACCGUUUGAAUUGAUGUCACCGACUGUCGUGAUAUUCUAGCAUUGUGCAAUGCUAUAUUGUGAAUGUGUUCAAUUUAGGAACUGUAAACAAAAUGUUGAAUUGUAAAAAUGGAUCAGCUUGAUUACUCAAAUGCAAUGUCUAUUUGCACUAAAUUAUUGUGCAGCUAAGUAAAUUAUGCCGUUGUUAAGCAAUUGCCUUUGAACCUGUGUGGUGAUGUAAUGUGAAAUGCAAUGGGAAAUAAAGAGAAAAAUAACCCAC